AGACGAUCUUACUUCGAUUACAACUAACUAAUAAAAGAGAAGUGAUGUAAACACUCCAAAAGAAAUAAAAUGAUUAGUGACUUUUCAGGAGCUACCAUUGUUAUUUUUAUUGCAUUAGGUUCCCUUGUGUUAGUCUUAUUGUUUAUCUUUGCCAAAAGACAAAUAAUGCGAUUUACUUUACGAUCGAGAAGGGGUCCACAUGUUCCAAUUGGUCAUUCCGCACCCAGGUGGCUUAGAAAAGAAAUUGAACGCAGGCUUGACCUUGUUGGCCGAAUCAAACAUGAACCAAAACUUGUUUCUGAAGCUAGUUCAGCUGAUACUCACAACCCUGAAACCCUUUGCCGAAUGCAAGCUAUGGAUGACAUAAAGAUUUUAGAAAUUCAAUUGCAAGCUGCAGAUCCCAAAGCAGGGAGAAUGCCCAAUGAAAAUCUCAGACCCUUUUUAAUGGCUCAAAUUCCAGGAAUAUUAAAAGGAUGUCAUCCCAAAACUAUUCACCAACUUUGUGAUUUGUAUGAGAGAGCACGCUUCUCCCCAGAUGGAUUCACUUCAAACCACCUUGAAACAUACAGAGAACUAGUUGCAAGUCUUGUUCGGAUAUCUCAAACCAACAGAGUCAAUCAAGGCAAUUCUAGCCCCAAAACAGGUAUCACUACCAAAAUGAAGAAGAAGAAAGAAACAUCAGUUGCUUCUACUAGUCUUUGAUUAUUUGUUUGUAAUCAUCAGCACUGUCUACAUGUCGCGUUGUUUUUUCGACUUGUACGAAAGCUUUUUACUUAACACGAAAGCGAAAUCAAUUCUAAGUUUGCAAUACUGUUAGUUAAAUGUAUCAAGAAUGUGACAGGUAUAUCAGGUUAAUGUGAAAUUUGUGUCAUUGAAUUAAAUCACUUUACGUCAAAUAAAUGAACAUGAAAUGUA